AGGUUUUUCGAGGGCUACCAGAUGCUAACCAUUUUGCCCACGACGGUGCCGGUAGACGGGCGACCGUCGGGUGAGGCUUACGUAGAAUUCAAGACGGCGGCGGAGGCAAGCCGGGCGUUGCGGACGCGACAGAAGGCCCGGAUGGAACGACGGUACAUUGAACUCUUCGCCUCCUCCAAAGAAGAAAUGGACAUGGCCGCAAACGGCUGGGAUUCACGAGAGAUCAGAGCACGCAUUGCGCGACCGGCUCCCACCUUGUGA